AUGGCUAGAAACCUUGAAAUAAAACCGACUGGACAAGAAACAUUAUCACUCUCAGGAUUUGGCGACAAAGAACGACGACUACGACAUCUUGAUACAGCAGUUAUCUAUUUAGAGUCGACCCCUGAAGAUAUACCAGUUAAAGUAGAUUUUAGUUGGUGCAGAUUUGUAUUGGACUAUAGUGCAAGUCGUGGCAAAGGACCUACAGCCAUACAGUCAAAACUCUGCUAUCUUUUGUCAGGACCUCUCAAUGUACCAACAUCUAGAAACAUUACGCCGAAUCCCGUAUCCAUGAUGAAUGUGUUUACGCUGCAUAGCAAGGAAGAGGUUGACUUAGAAAAGUUUUGGAAAAUCGAAUCCAUGGGAGUCGAACCAGUCACCAAGAAACAGGAAUAUGAACAGUACUUGACACAUUACCAAGAUACGUGCAUUACCUACAACGACGGUAAAUACAUAGCAAAGUUACCUUGGAGAGAAGAACACGAUACAUUACCGACCAAUGAAUUGAUCAGCCGGCGCAGAACUGAAAAUGUAAUCAACCGACAGAGGAAAGAACCUAAACUACUACACACAUAUGGGGAGAUAAUCAGAGAGCAAGAACAAUGA